AAUGUUUUGGUAAUUUAGCUUGGGCACUUUCCGCGUGACUCGAGUCAAAUAAUUAGCAGAACAACACUUCUCUCUCCACUCUCUUUAACUUCUUCCUCCUUUCAGAAGCAGAGGUUGGGGACUACACACUGAGCAGAGCGUGGGGUGGAGGGAGAGAAUCGAGACGUAAGCAACUUCUUUUCUUCCACUCUCGCUGAAUCAUCGACCUUCAAACAUAUAGAUGAAGAUGGAAGCACCUCCAACAGUUUUGUUUACUGAUGAUGAUAGAAAGAACCUGGAGCAGUUGCUUGAUGUCUUUGGACGUGUUGUCUCUCUUGAUGACAUUGCUGCAGCUUAUUGUAAAGCAGGUCGGGAUCCAACUAUUGCGNUUAUUGCAGGUGAUAUACUUGGAGAUCUGCAAGCUAGCACCUCUAUAACUACUACCUCUGCAUCAGAAGAAAAAAUAGAGGAUUCUUUGACAUUGACUUCUGAAUCCGAAUUUGAGGAAGUAGGAGAUUCUGUGACAUUAACUUCUGAAUCUGCAUCUGAUAUUCAUGCCAAGAGAGCUGGUCCCAGUUCAUCAAAGCAAAAAAAGUUAUCAGUGUCUAUGGGGACUGUCUCAAGCAUGAUCCCAAGAGACUAUGUGACAAAUAGGCCACUCAUUCCAGAAACUUCUACGAGAAUCAAGCCACUGAAAUUAAGUGUGGAUGAUUUUUUUACCUCAGAGAUAAGGGAUGAGAAAGCUCCAUUAGGUGCUGCCGCUAUGAGUGAAACCCUGCCAGGCAGUGUUGAGGAGUUCCUCUUCAAAAUGCUCGGAGAUCGAUUCUCUCUUGACAUGAGUGUAAUUGAAGAUGUUGUGGGCCAGUGCGGCUAUGAUCUAAAUAAGAGUAUGGAUAAGCUGCUAGAUUUGUCAGCAUCAACUUUGGGAAAGCGUGAUGAUAUUUUAGACAUAGGUGUUCAGAAAUCCGUGGAGAGUCCAGAUUUUGCAUCAGUUGCAUCGCAUGAGACACCUUCAAUGCAAGAUCCAACCAGCCGUUCCAAAGCAAAGAAUAUGACUAAAAAUGGGUUCAACUUAUCUAAGAAGGAGAAGGACAGGUAUGAGCUUCAGAAGGAAGUUCUACAGACAUUGUUUAAUGUGCCUGCAAGACAUGAUGGUGUGGAUGACGUGAUUCGUCAUGUGAGGGAAGUUGAAAAGUCUAGGCGAUUAAGCCAGUUUGUAGUGAAACCAUCACAGGAGACUGUAGAACGCCAGAUUCUUAUCAGGACACCACAGAGUGAUGCAAAAAAUGGUGAGGAGAAUGAAGAAAGCUACGAAGUUCUCCGAAAAGCUGUAAAGGAGUAUUGGCUUACAAUGAAAGAGUACUAUAAAGCAGCUGCUGAAGCAUUUCAAAAAGGAGAUCAGGUCAAGGCACACAGAUUCCUGGAAGAGGGAAACUUUUUCAUGACAAAGGCCCGAGAGACUGAUGAACAAUCCACUCAAAAGCUUCUUGAAAACAGUUACAGCAAAGAAAUUGUGACUGUCGAUCUUCACGAUUUUGAGCCAAAGGAAGCAGUGCGCUAUCUCAAAUUUCAGUUGACAUCUCUUUGUGGCAUCUCCUCUAUUCAAUAUCUCAAAAUCAUAGUUGGGAUCACCAAUGAAGAAGCCAAAGGUAUUCGGAAGCGUGUGAUACUCAAACUUUUGGAGAGGGCCUCGAUAGCAUGGACGGAAGAAGAUAAUGGCAAAGCAACUGUGAUAAAAGCAGAUGAAAUAGAUCCAAGGAAACUGACUUUUGCUAAAAAAUCAACUGUCUGAGCCUGAAAUACUUCCGCAUUUUUUGCGCAGACAGGAAACAACCAAAUUGGUCUUUUAGCCCCUUGUUGCUGGCAGAAAGACUUCAAAGGAAUCCUUAAAUUUUCUGUUCCUCUUAAUUCUCAACCAAUAAAGUUCUGCUUUGGCACCGUUUACUCAGACUAAUGUUUUGCUCAUUGAUAUCACGAGUAGAUUAACCAAUACAUUUGCUUUCGCUUGCCUUUAUUCAACUUAGAAUAUAUAUAAAAUUAGAUACUAUAAUUUGCAUUCCA